AAUUCUCUCUCUCUCUCCUCCUCCAGUCUCGUCUGUCUCUCAUUCUCUCUCUCUAAAAGUGUGACAAUGGCGUCUGCUUCGAAGCAAAAUCCUUCGUCUUCCAAACCCCCAAGGCACCCGUUUCCCAUCUCCGCCACAAUCCCCACAAAAUCCGGUGUCUCGGAAGAAUCCCAAUUUCGAAACCCUAAUAACCCUAGCACAAGCGUCUCACCGUCGACGUCAAAUUCCCCGAUUUCGAUGGCAGUGGAGGAUCAGAUCUUCGGACGUUCCACUCACCUCACACGCCCGGAGCUUCUCCGACGCCGAUCGCACAACCUGAAGCAGCUCGCAAGAUGCUAUAGAGACCAUUACUGGGCUCUAAUGGAGGAUCUCAAGGCGCAACACAGAGAGUAUUACUGGAAGUAUGGGGUUAGUCCUUUCAAAGAGGAGAAUCAUCAGCAGAACAAGAGACGAAAGGUUGGGAUUGAUGAAAAUGCCGCCGUUGAAGGUAGUGGAGACAACGAUAACAACAAUGGUGGCAGCAAUGGCUUUAAGAAUGACCUCAAUCCGAACAGAAAUUGUGUGGCUUGUGGUAAUGGAUGCAAAUCCAAGGCCAUGCCACUCACGAAUUACUGUCAGCUUCAUAUUCUAUCGGAUAAAAAACAGAAGCUUUACACGUCUUGUACUUACGUCAACAAAAGAGCUCAGUCAAAAGCGAUAACUUGUCCAAAACCAACACUUGCAUCGACCGUUCCUGCCUUGUGUAAUGUGCACUUCCAGAAAGCCCAAAAAGAUGUUGCUCGGGCUUUGAAGGAUGCUGGUCAUAAUGCUUCUUCAACAAGCAGGCCUCCCCCAAAACUCCAUGACAUUGUGGCCGCGUUUGUGCAUCAUAUUCAAGCAAAAAGGAAAGAUCUACGGAGAGAGGGCAAAUUGAAAAGCUCAGUAAAAGAAGAAAUUACAAGCUACACCGAAUAGUUAGAAUGCAGAGAAAUAAUUCGUUUCCACAAUUGUGCAAAAAUGGAAGUGUGUAACAUAUAGGUCCAUAGCCUCUAUUCAAGCAGUUUAUGUACCUGUUUGACCGAGCGCGCUUCUUCCACGACAUUGACAGAUUUAGGUGGGAGUGCCUCUACAAAGUUACAACUUAUAAGGAGCUUCAGCCAAAGAGAGGACACAUAGGUUUAGUCUUUUUCUGUGUUUUUUUUUGGUCAAAGACACAAAGGUUUAGUUAAGCGUUUCAAAUCUAUUUGAAAGCGAGGUUUUCUUUGUAACCACCGUAGAAUUAAUUCCUAACAGUUUGUUUUGAUUCUCGUCACGAGCUUGAU